CCGCGCCGGCAGGGGGCGCGCGCGGUGCCGGCGGAGAGCGAGCGAGGCCGGGGCCAUGGCGGGGGAGGAGGCCGCGGCCGCUGCUGAGGGGAGAGGAGCCGGGAACAGCGGCGGCAGCUACGACGGCAAGUGCGUGUUCUGCAGGAUCGCCCGCCGGGAGGAGCCGGGCACGGCGCUGCUACCCUGCCAGUAUGAAGACCUUGUUUGCUUUAGAGAUAUCAGACCUAGUGCCCCCCACCACUAUCUGGUGGUGCCGGUGGAGCACAUGGGAAACUGCAAAACACUGAAGGGAGAACACAUACCUUUAGUGAAGAGAAUGAUGGAAGUUGGAAAAGCUGUCCUCCAGAAAAAUAAUUUUAGUGACUUGAAUGAUAUAAGAAUGGGUUUUCACUGGCCUCCGUUCUGCUCAAUAUCCCACUUGCAUCUUCAUGUCCUGGCGCCAGCCAGUCAGCUAGGAUUCUUAUCCAGACUCAUGUACAGAAUCAAUUCCUACUGGUUUAUCACGGCAGAACAACUGAUUGAGCGACUGCAAACUGAAAAGGCUGGCAGUUGAAAGCACUCUUAGCCUUGUGUCGCUAGCCGGUUCGUUCUUUGUCUUUGAACUCUCAUUUAAGGUUGCACAGUUUCAUGUUGCCAAUAAUAUACCAUGAUAAAAAAAGCUUUAGUUCCUUAUGAGGAAAUACACACAGAAUUUGUAGCUGCCAACCUAAUUCUUCCAUUUGGAUACCUCAGUCUAUAUAUUUCUCUCACAAUAAGGCAAUUUAUUUUAAUUAUAAUGUUAUAUUUGUAUAUAUAUACAUACAUAAUAUAUAUGCUCACAUGCAGAGAACUUUUCCUAUCAAAAGGCAGGAUAUAGCAGCAGGACGUGUGGCAUCUAAGGCAACAAGUUACUACUAACAUCGUGUAUGUGAUACCAAAGGGAAUAUUUGUUGCAGAAUCAAGCUUUUAUUUUAAGCAUGCAUUGUUCUGGGAUUACAAGUAAUGUUUAAAACAUUUAGGUUUCCAUCUGUAUUUGUAUGAUAUGUUACUUAUGCCUAGUUAUUAGUAGGUACGUUGCUGAAAAUACACUCCUAACUUUCUGGAUCUAAACCACUUUAAUAUAUUACCUGUCUUACUUGCAUGACAGUGACAUAGUAAAUGUUAAUGCAAUACGUGCCCAAGAUGUGAUAAUGCUAUAUAACAUAGAAUAUAGUUUAAAUGUAUGUGUAAGUGGUUGUGUGUUGGACUUAAAGAUUGUUUCUGUCUUACGUACACAAUGUUUUAAAUUGCUGUAUGCUUACAAAAAAUGUGAAGAGUUCAGAGGAACUGAUUUAAUAUAUCGCCCUUCUGCAUGAUGAUAGAAAAAAACACCCAAAUUUUUAGAUGGUUCUGAUACUGUUCUCACUGGAAGUCCCUUGGAGAUUGCUAGUGCCUUGGCUAAAUUUGAUUUCUAAAUGAAGUCUUAAUAGAAACAGGCAGUAUGUGGCAGGCUUGCGUAAUAGCAAUCUGAGUUGAAUUUGGGUAGCAGGGACUCAGCCCAAAACUGGAACAUGUCGGGUUGUUUAAGGAACCUGAUGAACAUUUGCCUUUGCUGUAUGACUUAAUCAGUAAUGCUGGCGCUCUUGUUUUUCAAUACCAUAUUUAGGCAGACUGUUUGGAAAGUUAAGAGUCCAGAAAACAUGGAGUGGAUUUUCUUCAUUCACAUUCUUGGUGCCUAACUAAUCAAGUGUCCUUGGCUGAUGGCAUUUAGAUGAGGUGAUGAUGGUCUGUUGCACCUGCAAGCUUCCCUGAACGUAAUCUUCUCAGCAUUUUCCACUGAUCCAGCAACUGUUGCCUUAGUGGUACAAUGAAUUGUAAUAUUCUUACAGUAAACUGUACGUAGUACUUCAGAAAGUUCACACCCUUCUGAAGAACAUUUUCUACCCAGAAACACCUCUCUUUUCUCUAUUACCUUGUGCGCAAUGUCUUGUUAUUCUUAUUAAUGGGCGCUCACGUGUCAUUUGCAGUCCUUUGGGGUUGUAAUUUAUAACAUUAGGUAGGAAGAGUGUGAGUUAAAGCCAAUGAACUUUGACUACUUCUGUGCAAUAGAUUCAGAGGUUUGAGCUGGCUCCUAGCUUUGUGAAACAUCUGAACAUUAAGAUCUUUCAAGAGUUAAUACUGUGUAUGUGUUCUGAUUUGUAAUUAAUUUAUGUAACUGUACUUAACCGUGACAUGUAAUAUUUAAAGUACCAACAUGAACUGUUGUCAAAAAGGAUUAAUAAACAGAAUUACAGAAUAAAUGCUAAUCUUGGAAUGAUU